AUGAUGAGCUUCCGCCCGCGGCCCACGGAGGCGUCGUCGCUGGUGGCAUCGGCGCGCUUCCUGCACAACGAGCUGCCCAUCCGCUUCGCGCACCGCAUCGCGGAGCUUGACCACCUGCCGCACGGCCUCUCGCACAUGCCCCACGUGCUCAAGGUGCUGGAGUGGUAUGUGCAGUCGUUCAUGGAUCCGCGCAGCUUCCCCGAGGUGCGGGAGUGGUACGUGCAGUCGUUCAUGGAUCUGCGCAACUUCCCCGAGGUGCAGGGCGCAGAGGAGGAGGUGGCGUUCACGCGCCUCAUAGAGCGCAUCAAGACACGCCACAACCACACCGUGCCCUGCAUGGCGCUCGGCAUUGCUGAACUCAAGAAACGCCUGCAGGAGGAGGGGCUUGCAUGUGUGUGGGGGAACAAGGCGCGCCACAACCACACCGUGCCCUGCAUGGCGCUCGGCAUUGCCGAGCUCAAGAAACGCCUGCAGGUGAGCACACGGAAGGGGAGAAGGAGCUGGAAAACGGGGCACGGAGGGGAGGGGGAUGAGGGGGUGGACAACCCAUGGCUGCCCAUGGACAAGUUCCCCGAGGUGCAUCAGUUCCUGGACCGCUUCUUCCUCUCUCGCAUCGGCAUCCGUAUGCUCAUCGGGCAGCAGAUAGCGCUGCACAAGACAGGGCCGGGCAGGGAGAGCAUGAUCGGGCUGAUAGACACCAAGUGCCGCCCCUUUGAAGUGGCCAGGAAUGCCAUUGAUGACGCCAGAACGCUCUGCAGUCGCACCUAUGGCAAUGCUCCCGAGGUCCACGUGUUUGGGGACCCCACCUUCACCUUCCCCUAUGUGCGCACGCACCUCCACCACAUGCUGUUUGAGCUGCUCAAGAACUCCCUCAGGGCUGUGCAGGAGCGAUUCCCAGACACCCAGCCACCGCCAGUGCGCGUGGUGGUGGCCGAUGGAAUCGAGGACGUGGCUAUCAAGGUGUCAGACGAGGGGGGAGGGAUCAAGCGCAGCGGCUUGCCUCGCAUCUGGUCCUACCUCUACAGUACAGCUUCCAUACCCACUCCUCUACGCCAACCCCCAAACCCUCUCAACCCCAGCGAACCCCAACCCCCCUCACCUGCUCCCUCGGGUCCUUCCACUCCCGGCACCUCGCCUCCCUCCACCCCUUCCUCUCCAUCUGCCAUUUCUCUCGCCUCCUCUCCUGCCUCCUCGGCUGCAUCGUCCCCUCGCCCAUCCCGGUUCACUCCUAUAGGCAGUAGUUUUGCCGAGCCAUGGGAUUUGACAGAGGAGAAUGGGGGAGUGGGAGUAGAUGAAGUGGGGGAUGAAGUGACUGUGAGCACGAUGGCAAGCGCUGACGGGGAGGAGUUGCCGAGCGUUAUUGCUGGUUACGGUUACGGGUUGCCGAUUGCUCGACUCUACGCGCGAUAUUUCGGGGGUGACCUGCAAAUAUUCAGCAUGGAAGGAUAUGGUACUGAUGCCUAUCUACACCUCAACCGACUCAGUAACGUGCAGGAGCCUCUUCCGUGA